AUGUGGCAGGAUCCAUCUAAGGAUAUCAUCGCUGCACAAGUCACAUACUUCCCCGGCCACAAAGGAGAGGUGAAUUGUUGCGCAUUCUCGCCCGACUGUCAAUUUGUGCUCACAUGCUCAGAUGAUGGCCGCCUUUACCUGUGGAGAGCAUCUGACAGGGAGCUCAUGGCCAAAGUCCGUGGUCACUCGGGGCCAGUGAAAUGCUGCACUUUUUCCCAGGAUGGCUGUUUGUUCGCAAGUGCAUCACAUGACUCUACUGUGCGUGUCUGGAGCAUGUCACCCAUCCGGUGCAUUCACAUUUUGAGAGGUCACAUGCGAAGUGUUGAGACAGUGACCUUCAGUCCUGACAACCGAAGCCUUGUAUCAGGGGGGUUGGACAACAUAGCACUGGUCUGGGACAUUCAGGCUGGGCUCAAACUGAAGCAGUUCUGUGGUCACAGUGCUGUGGUUCAGAGCAGUGCAUUCUCCACAGAUUCACAGUGACUGGCUACAGGCUCAUGGGAUCACACUGUGAAAGUGUGGAGUCUUGGUGGUGAUGAGGAGGUCAUGACCUUAACAGGGCAUCAGGGAAAUGUGGCCUGCCUCUGCUUCUCCACCACUGGGAUGUUGGCAUCUGGUUCGUGGGAUGGAACACUGUGCGUGUGGUCACUGCAGAGGCAUGAGCGUGUGUUUGUGCUGGGUGGGGAUGAGCGUGUGUGGGUGAGGAGUGUGGCUUUCUGCAGAGACAGAUCAGUACUAGCAUCCACUGCUGAAGGGGACAAGGUUAAAGUGUGGGACACGGCUGAUGGCAGGUGUAUAAAAUGUUUACAGAGGCACAAGGACUCAGCAUACGGGUGUGUUUUCAGCCCUAGUGGUGCUCUGCUCACCAGUGGCUCUGACCAGCUAGACCUGGGUGAGGAGGAACACGAUGGUGAUGACGAUGAAAACAAGACUUGGUAUAUUGCAUUAGGUAAGUCCAAAACUGGCGAGAUUAUAGUCGAUAAGAAGGAGCAGCUAGAGCGCUGGGUUGAGCACUACUCGGACCUCUACUCAGUGGAACGCCAUCUGGAAGACCAAACACUGCUGAUCACUCUCCCUGUGAUGACUGAACUCGACACGGUCCCAACCAUAGAGGAACUGAGCAAAGCAAUCGACCACCUCUCCGGCGGCAAGGACUCCAGAACAGAUGCCAUCCCUGCAGAACUGCUAAAGCUGAACAAAGCAUCCCUUCUACCACACCUACAUCAACUCCUGACUCUCUGUUGGCAGGAAGGAACAGUACCAUCUAGCAUGAAAGAUGCUAACAUCACACUCUACAAACAGAAGGGUGAUAAAGGGGACUGCAACAAUUACCGUGGCAUCUCCUUGCUCAGCAUUGCAGGAAAGGCCUUUGCUUGUGUCAUCCUUACAAGACUACAGUGA